AAUUAACUCUUACUAAUCAAGACGAAGGAAAACAUUAAAAAUGGCAGCGGAGUUGGCAGUCACGUUGGAGUUCAAUGGUGGCGCGGAACUGUUAUUUGAUAAGAUAAAGAGACAUGAGAUAAAACUACCACUUAGUCAACAAUGGAAUAUUCAACAUUUAAUUAUGUGGAUCAAGGAUAAUAUGCUAAAGGAGAGACCAGAAUUGUUUGUCCAAGGUGAAACUGUGAGACCUGGAAUAUUAGUUCUUGUAAACGAUGCUGAUUGGGAACUUAUGGGGGAUCUCAGUUACGAAAUUCAAAAUGGCGACACAAUAACGUUUAUAUCGACUUUACAUGGAGGAUGAUACAGAACUCAUUCGAAAUAUACAAUUUGCCAAUGCAUAGCUUUUCACUUUACUUCAGAUGUAACAACUGUAGACCUAAUAACAAGUAAUUCAAAAGGAAAUUUCAUGUACAAUUCUUUUAAUUUAUUUUCUUUCAAUAUCAAACUCUUAUUGUAACUAUUAUAUCUUUUAUAUUUAGUCGGUAAAGAAUUUCAAAGUAGUGGUA